AUGGCAACGUUUUAUAUGCAAAUACCUCAUAUGAAGAAUUUCAAGCUUUAUGAAGCUCGAGCUCUAGGCUCUUAUCGCUCGGAGUCUCCGACCAGGAUCUCCCUUAAGAACGGCCAAGAGGUAAAACUUUUAGAGUAUGGGAAAUAUUGAUCUUGAGCUGUUGAUGAAGCAGGAUCUUCAGGUUGGGCUCCUACGCCAUUUCUUAAAGUCAGUGAAGCAAAAAUAAAAAACUCCUCGAUUUUUCAGCUUAACUUAUCUAUUGUGUGUAAUCUUGCAAAUCAGUCACACACAUUAACUUUUGAAUCUGUGGAAGAUGAGGCUGGCUUAUUUUUCCGGUCAUUUAGUGUAGCAAAAUUUGAUGAGGUCUCUUGAGAUGAUAAAGUUUUAAUUGUCCUUGAAAACAACCGAGUUGCUAUAUCAAGGCAUGAGCUGUCGUUAGAAGAAAUUCAAGACAAAAUGGUUAAUGGAAUUUUUAUGACGAUUAUUGAAUUUAAAUUGCACAGAAAUUUCAUAUCAACUUGCGAAAUUUUAGUGAAAAUCUGUGAUAGUCUCUCUAUGCUGAGAUCUGAAGAAGAAGAGUUUGCUAAAGAGUCAAUCGCAGAAAUUCAUGAAGAUCCGAAAUUUUAUGACGGUGAAGCAAUAUUAUAUAACUCAGACGUAUCAGCUGUUUCUCCAUGUCUGAGACUAGAAGGGAUGCUUUAUUUAACCACAUUUAGAAUUUAUUUUCACUGUGACAGCCAAUAUUCCUAUUUUUUCAGUAUCCCAUUACUAUGUGUGGAAACAUUAGAAAUCCAAAUAAAUUCAGUAAAAAUCAACACAAAAGACUUAAGGAGCAUUGAAUUUAUAUUCAAAAAUGCUGAAGAAACUAAAAAAUUUGCUGAAAGAUACAACUCAGAGUAUGGUAAAGUUUCAUGCUUACGGCAUUUUAAUGCUUCAAACCUGCAUGACAGCUACGGCUGGGAUAUAUAUGACCCUGUAAAAGAGUUUACCCGUCUAGGCGCGCUAGAUGAGAACCAAUAUAGAAUUUCAGCUAUAAACUCCACCUAUGAAUUUUGCAGUACUUAUCCUUCAUGUCUUAUUUUGCCAAUUGCUCUAACUCAAGAAGACCUCAGAGCCAUUGGACUCUAUAGAAAUCGAGGACGGAUUCCCACCCUCUGCUGAUACAAUAAAGGCUUUGGCAUCUUUCGCAGCAGCCAGCCAUCUGAAGGAGUUUCAUUGCGCUGCAUAGAAGAUGAAGAAUUCAUGGAAAGGUCGCGGAUAAAAUACGUCAUUGACAUCAAAUAUAAAACCAAUACAAAAACCUCUAGCAGAGACUAUGGAACUCCAAGCUACACAGUCUGCCAAGUAUUAACUGUAAAUUUUCCUGAUAUUUUGAAAAUAAAAGAGAGUUUUGACCAAUUAAAAUCCUUGUAUGAGAGAAAAGAUUAUUUUUUUACUGUGUUACACCAUUCAAGAUGGCUCCAUAACUUAAAAACUCUUUUAUCUGUCUCCACAUCUGUGGCUGAUUAUAUUCAUUUCGAAAAAGCAUCUGUCUUACUCCCCCCCCUUUAAAUUGGAUCAAAAUAUAGGUAAAAUUUCCACUUUUUUUGGUAACCCCUUUAAAUUGGAAAAAAAACAUUUAUAAUAAAAAAUUUUAUAUAUAUAAAUCAUAAUUUUAUGUAAAAAGUUUUGAUAUAAUUUAAAUGUUUCUUCUUAACUAAAAUUAAAAAUUUGGUUAUAUCCUGCUCUUAUUUAAAGAAUAGAGUAUAAAGAGCAUCUUAUUUAAAUAGAUUUAUUAUUCUUAAUUGUAAAUUUUUAAAAAAAUUUAAUUUUUUUUAUUUUAAAUAUUUUCAAAAAAAAUUUUAUUUUUUUGAUAAAAAUGAUAUUUUUUAUUUAAAUAGCUUUGAUAUAAAUUCAAUACGAAUUCUUUACAAAAAUUCAAAAUUUACUUAUCUCUUGCUUUAUUUUAAAGAAUAGAGUAUAAAUAACAUCUUAUUUAAACAAAAUUAGCACUUUGAUUAAUAAAUUUUCUAAAAUUUUUUUUUAUCAAUAAAAAUAAUAAUUUUUGUGUAAAUAGUUUUGAUACCAAUUAAUAGUGGCGUAUUAAUUAAUAAUAAAAUUUUAGUUAUAUCUUGCUUUUUUUUAAAGGAUAAAGAGUAAAUAGCAUUUUAUUAAACAAAUUUAUUAAUCUAAUUCGAUAAAUUUUUGAAAUUUUUUUUUUUUAAAAAUUUAAUAUAAAUUUUUUUUUAUAAAAAAUUUUAUAAUGAUUUUUUUUUUAAAACAAUUUUCUUAACCCCCUUUAAAUUGGAACAAAAUUUUUUAGUUCCAAUUUAAAGGGAGGGGGGAGUUAGUAACUUGUCUAGAUGGCUGGGAUACAACUCCGAGUGUGACUUCAUUAGCGCAAAUCAUUUUGGAUCCAUUCUAUAGGACUUUUUGUGGAUUCCAAAUUUUGCUGACCAAGGAAUGGCUGUCAUUCGGUCAUAAAUUUAGGGAUAGGUGCAAUGGCCAAGAAAGGUCGCCAUGCUUCUUGCAGUUUUUGGAUGCAGUCCAUCAGAUUAUUCAGCAAUAUCCGAAUGAGUUUGAAUUCAGUCAAAAUUAUUUAAUUUUUCUUGCUGAUGGGGUUAGUUCGGGUUUGUAUGGAACCUUCAUGUCAAAUUGCGAAAAGGAAACAGAAGAGUUUAAGAAAGGUUCUUUAUCAAUUUGGAGGGAAAGACAGCCAAGGUUUUUUAUGCAGCGCUAUAUGCCAUCAUCUACAGAAAUGCUAAUGAUUAAAACCUCAAUAGAGUCUUUGAAAUUAUGGAAAUACUUUUCAAGAUGGCAACUGUUUUAG